AACAUGUAGCUGAAUUUCACUUAAGUUAAUUAACACAUAACCAGUCGGAACUGAACAGGAUUUUGGGUUCUAUGAGCCUAUUGAUUCGAAGUCCAUCUACAAGUUGUCUUCAUUUUAGAUUCUUGAUUUUUUUUAGUCUACACCCGGCAACAAUUCUUAUUUCAUUUUGUAUAAUGAACUCUUGAAGCUAAACCUAUAUGGAGUUUCCUUCAUAAUGGCAUUCGAAAUUAUAUUUUGCAUUUGUGUAGUGUUUACAAGUUUAGACGACCACCUCUGUGUGUUACAGAUUAAUUUACAAAUGUAAGGCCCUAAAAGAAAAACUCAAAGAAGACGAGUGCAUGCGUUAGUUUUUCACCAAACUCUGUUUAAAUGACUUGGACAGAUUGUCCCAACGGCCGUUUUUUUCAAGUAUCUUAUCAAACCUGAGAAAAUUUACACAACACUUCUUUGGCUCUUCAAAAGUCUCGACUUUUGUGAUGUAAAGAGGUGAAAGAAUGCAUUAUGUAAAACUGUGUUGGGUUUGUUAUAACAAAAUGUAUAUCAAUAGCUUCAAGGAACUGUGAAGAAUGCCAGUUUAAAUAAUUAUAUCAGCAGUUAAUUUUGCAUCUUCUGGACCAUCUCAUAUGAGUAUCACACUUUGAUUAAUCUGAAUAGAAAAGCAAUCGCAGAUAAGGAAACUAUUUGUAAACGGAAAAAGGAUGAUCCAUGCCGCCGCCAGAUAAGUUUCCUUUUCCCAAAUGUAUUAGUAUUACUUGCUUUGUAAGUUGUAACUAGGAAAAUAAGAACCUAGCUAGUAUAUAAAUACACAUCGUUACACCACAGAUCUCAACACAAGAUAUCACACACCGAGUAAUAUUCACUCGGUAGAAUCAACGUCCUAAUACAAUGGCAAACAACCAUCCCUUUUCGAUGUCAGCAAUGCUCAAAUCUUUACAAGAUCUCCGUUCCGCCGCAGAGAAGGAUCCGGCGGCUCCUCCUCCGACAUAUGGCGUCACCCUCCCUCCUCCUCCGCCAUAUGGCGUCGCCCUCCCUCCUCCUCCGCCAUAUGGCGUCGCCCUCCCUCCUCCUCCGCCAUAUGGCGUCGCCCUCGCUCCUCCUCCGGGAUACGCCCCACCGUUCCAGCCAUGUGCUUGCGGAUUCUGCGAUGAGUCGCCUUUGCAGUGGAUGUUCAACUUAAUGACUAGGAGCGAAGAAGAAGAUGCUGCGUAUCCCUUUAAAGUCUUUAUCUCGAACCUAGACAGAAGGGAGCUUCUAGGGGUGGCGUCUCUGCUGACGUCAGAUCCCGACUACUUCUUGGAGAUCGCAAGAAACAAGAACGGCUCCAACCGCCUUCAGAAACUCGUCGGAAAAUCAGAUGACGUGGACUAUCUAAUCUGCGAGGCUACCUUGUACCGCUUCCUCCACGUCAUGACGGACAAGCACGCGUCCUACGUGGCGACGCGGGGGUUACGAGUGUUUGCCGGGAAGAAGAAAGAGUUCAUGUGCGAGGAACUUAUCCACCACGCGCUUCUCCUUGCGCGUGACCGACACGGCUGCGUCGCACUCAACGAGAUGUUAACCGACUUGGACCAUCCUUACUACAGAAACCAGCUGCUGGACAUAGUCGCUCACAACGCUCUCCCGCUAAGCAACAACACUUCAGGCAACUUUGUGGUACAGCACGUGCUUAAACUGAACGAUCCGCGAACCACGCGUAACGUGGCUCUCAGCCUACGUGGCCACUGUAUUGAUCUGUCGUUUAAGAAGUACGGAAGCUACAUAGUGGAGCGGCUUUUGGAGGCGGACGAGUCGGUGGCUGUGGUGGUGAUGGAGCUUGUGGAGAGCGAUGGAGACAGGUUGAUGAGGCUGGCGAGGAGCGAGUUUGGGAAUUUCGUGGUGAACAAGGCACUGAUAGUCACGCAGAGGAGGAUGACUAGGGUUGAUCUGUUUCGAGACUUGGUGAAGAAGCUCAUGCCUUUUCUCAAUUUCUUGCGCAAAUCUCGUGGAAGCAACAUUGCAGUGUUCUUGGAGUCGGUUCAUCAAACUGAAGUCGCUUAGCUUUUU